GGCCGCUCCCGGACGCCGGGGUCCAUCCUGAGCGGGGGACAGGAUGCCGGCGCCCUACACGCGGAUCCUGGGUCUGGGCGCUUCCUCUCUCAAGUGCUGGUCUGCAGCCCCAGUCCGCUGGGCUCAUGCUCCACGAGUGAUACAUGGAGAUCUCGGUAAACUUUCGGGGAAAGUACAAGAGUUUGUGGACCAUGGGGUACGGCUCUGCCAACCGGAGAACAUCCACAUCUGUGAUGGGACCGAAAAGGAGAAUGGCAAAAUCUUAAAUUAUCUGGAGUCAGAAGGCAUGAUAAAACCCCUGACCAAAUACGAGAAUUGCUGGCUGGCCAAGACCGAUCCGAAGGAUGUGGCCCGUGUGGAGAGUCGGACGGUCAUUGUGACCGAGAACCAGAGGGAUACAAUACCCAUCCCUGCGCCCGGAGUCAAAGGGCAACUGGGCAAUUGGAUGAACCCCAAAGCGUUUCAGGAGGCAAUAGAUGACCGGUUCCCCAGCUGUAUGAAAGGCCGUACCAUGUACGUCAUCCCUUACAGCAUGGGGCCCAUCGGCUCGCCCCUGUCCAAGAUCGGGAUCCAGCUCACAGACUCGGCCUAUGUGGUUGCCAGCAUGCGCAUCAUGACCCGCAUGGGUGCCGCCGUCCUCCGCAAUCUGGGCGAUGGGGAGUUUGUCAAGUGCUUGCAUUCCGUGGGGCGGCCUCUUCCUCUGGAAGAAGGAGAGCUGGUGAAUAACUGGCCUUGUAACCCGGAGAAGACCUUAAUCGGACAUGUCCCGGAACGGCGUGAGAUUGUCUCCUUCGGCAGCGGCUACGGAGGCAACUCCCUCCUGGGCAAAAAAUGCUUCGCUCUCCGUAUUGCCUCUUGCAUUGCCAAAGACGAGGGCUGGCUUGCUGAACACAUGCUGAUCUUGGGGAUCACAAACCCAGAGGGGAAGAAGAAGUACGUGGCCGCAGCCUUCCCCAGCGCUUGUGGAAAGACCAACAUGGCUAUGAUGAAUCCCACGCUGCCUGGCUGGAGAGUGGAGUGUGUGGGAGAUGACAUUGCCUGGAUGAAGUUUGACAGUGAAGGGCGUUUGCGGGCCAUCAAUCCCGAAAACGGCUUUUUUGGAGUGGCCCCAGGAACAUCCACCAAAACUAACCCCAACGCCAUGCACACGAUCCAACGGAACACCAUUUUCACCAAUGUUGCCGAGACCAGCGAGGGGGGAGUUUACUGGGAAGGCAUUGACCAAAUGAUCCCGGCGGGGGUGACCAUCAGCACCUGGCAGGGGAAGCCCUGGAAACCCGGUGACAAAGAAGCUGCUGCCCACCCCAAUUCCCGUUUUUGUGCUCCAGCCCGCCAGUGCCCAAUCAUGGACCCGGACUGGGAAUCUCCGCAGGGUGUCCCUAUUGAUGCCCUUAUCUUUGGGGGCAGGAGACCUGUGGGAGUGCCCUUGGUGUACGAGGCCUUCAACUGGCGCCAUGGAGUCUUCGUGGGCAGUGCUAUGAGAUCCGAGUCCACUGCAGCCGCUGAACACAAAGGCAAGGUCAUCAUGCACGAUCCCUUUGCCAUGCGCCCUUUCUUCGGUUACAACUUCGGCCGCUACCUGACACACUGGUUGAGCAUGGAAGGGAGAAAGGGUGUCCGACUUCCCAAGAUCUUCCACGUCAAUUGGUUCCGGAAGGAUGCUGAGGGGAACUUCUUAUGGCCAGGCUUUGGGGAGAACUCUCGGGUCCUAGACUGGAUCUGUCGGCGUGUCGAUGGAGAGGAUAGCGCCCAGGAAACGCCCAUCGGGUAUGUCCCCAAAGAUGGCGCCCUAGACCUGACAGGCCUCAAGAAAGUGGACUAUCAGGAGCUAUUCUCAUUGCCUAAAGAGUUCUGGCAACAAGAAGCGCGUGAAGUGAGGCAAUACCUGACAGAGCAAGUCAACGAGGAUCUUCCCAAGGAAGUGAUGAAGGAACUGGAGGGCUUGGAAGACCGUGUAAAGAAGAUGUGAGGGACCUAGAAAAAAAAGAAGAAAUUUGACCAAAGACACGUCUCCUGCAUCUCCAGAAGGGAAAGGGAGGAGAUGUCAGGGAGUUUGUUUACAGAAUUCCCUUCCCCACCUCUUGCCAGCAAUGCCUCUGUGACCAUCAGGAUUCGGCCAUCUUGUUUCUAUGGUUGUGAGGCAGCCCUCUUUCUACCUAGGCACCAUGAGCCAGACAUACUGUUUCCUAGCUUUAUCUAGGGUUACCGACCUCAGGGCGGGGUCUGGAGUUCUUCCAGAAUUACAGCUGAACUCCAGAGUACAGAGAUCAGUCCUUUUCAAGGAAAUGGCAGCUUUGCAGGACAGCCUCUGUCGCAUCACAUCCCCGCUAAGCUCUCUUCCCUCCCCAAACUCUGCCCCCAAAUCUUCAGGAAUUUCCCAAGCCGGCGUUGACAACACUAGCUACGUCAGGUUUAUUCCCUUCAUCUUGAUCUGUCCCUUGUGUGUUGGUUCUCUUUCAUUCGUUUCAUGUCUGCUUUAGGGGCCUUUCUAUUUGAGUGUGUGUUUUUAAGGCUUUCCCAGACUGUCUUUUCCCCUCUAGAGAAAGUCUUUGCUUUCUAAAUCACUUGCGGAGAGCAAGGCUAUUCUCCUGGAUGCUCUCAACCUAUCACAAUUUUAGCAUAUAGAAAUAUAGAGUCAGUUAGCUGUGAUGCGGAUAAUUAACGACGAUCAGUUAAGGUCUUCAAAAUAGGCAGAAUUGGCAUAACCAAAUCCCAGUACCAGCUUUCCCUUUUUGUAUUGUAAUUCAACUGAAUUGCUGGUGGUAGUCUCUAACUUCUAGUCCUGUUGCUAACUCCACCUCGCCCUUAUAUUUGCAUAGCCCCUUCCUCUAUUUUUUCUUAACCAGAAAUUGAAUGUAAUAAUUGUGUACCGUAUGGAGAAGGCUUCCCUCAGCAACCAUUCUAAAAUAUUUAUCAACCUACAAGUGCCGGCAAAAAAUUCCAGUGCUUGUCCCUGGCUCUUAAGUCUUCAUUUUUUGGAAUCCAGGGCCGUGCCCGUUUCCACACGUCUUACCUGCCUGUGGAACAUCGUGCGAAAGACCCAGAAAACAGCAUCUUCCUGGUGCGACUUCGCGCGAGAAGACACUGUCUUCCGGGUCUUUUGCUCGACGUUCCGCAGGCAGGUAAGACGUGUGGAAACGGCCCUUGUUACAUCUCUUUUAUGCUUCUUUGAACUCACCAUUACCCGAAACCAGCAUUUAAGUUCUAAAGUAGUUUUUAACGUCAUUCAUUCUUUUCCAGACCAAUCAGGUACAUCGCAUCCCUUGAUCGAUUUUAUGAUUCAUAAAUUCAGUAAAACCGGAGGAAGCUAGUGAUCCUCUUCUAUGUCUGGUGAUAAAUUUGCUCGGCAGAAACCCACCAGAAGCAUAGCCAAUUGCAGUUUUGAGUCUGUGUUUGCGGAAUUUGUGCCUCAUACAGUCAGCUGAUCAGUCGAAGUUGUGAUGGAGAAGACCUUGUCCCGCUAAGGACAAUUCUAUUGCCUUCCCCUAAAAUAUCUGAAGUGUAAUGCUUGAAAUUCACUACUCAACUAGAACUUGAAUCCUCUCCGUGUUCUAUUGCUUACCUCUGCCUGUUCUUCCAUGACAUCAUGGCAGUUCAUCCCAGUUCUGAUUAUUAGGUCCAAUAAGACAACGUCUAGCUUUGUCUUCAGAAUAACAUUCACUCUAUAGACAAAAAUCUUGCUUCGCGUUUAUCUGUUCCAGUCUGCUUGUCAAAUCUGCCAAGCAGAUGCGAGGCAUUAAAGAUUCUUUGCAAAGAAGUCAGCUGACUAUCAAAUCAUUUUGAGAAAACUAAUUGCGCUGUUAAAAUGAAUGGCAUUAUAAACCUACUUGUUAGUUCUAACAAUAGAGUAAGGCAGGGCUAGAGGGACGGAUCUGGAUUGAGAAGACUUUGAAAUCAUUCUCUGCAUGGCUUUACAUAAUCCACUCUUACGCUCCCCUGUGUCAAAGGAUAAAUGAGAUAACAGCAUAUAUCCUUGAUAUACCAAAAUACACUGUGGGGAUAAUAAUUAUUCCAUGUCCUUGGUUCUGUGUUUGAACACAUUGUUCUAUAAUUCAGUCAUCAAGCUUUAUCAGACCUUCCUUUCUCAACAUUUAAAAUAGCCAUGAACAUGUCAUGACAUCACAGCAGCUCAACCAAUGGCUUGAAAACUCUCACAAGAUACAGGAAAGCGACAGGCUGUUUUUAGCCUACUACACAAAACAAAGCUUCAAGCUACUGGAGGAAUUAGUUACAUGGUGCGCUCCCCCUGCAAAAAACCACCAAAUUAUCCACAUGGUUCUGUUACGGGUUGCCCUACUCAUAUGCCUAAGCCCUAAUUUUCAUGGUGAAGACAACUGGCAGUUGGUUUUCUACCUUUCCAACAUUCUUUAUUGGGGUGGCUGCUCAACAUUGUAUCCUAAUUUUUCCAACUUUCCCAGUCCCUGCAUCUUUGGAUUCCAACCAACAGAUUUUUUUUUCUUCCUCUAUUUUCUAACAAAGUUUGUGCUCGGGUAUGAGCUUUUGUGAGUCUUUUUGUUAGUCUUAUAAGUGUUACUGGACUCUUGCUCUUCUCUGCUGCUACAGAGAGACUAACAUGGCUACCCAUCUUGAUUUGUUUUCUAAGCUCCUCUAAUUUGCAUAAAUGUCAAAAAGUUAGCAUAUGCAAACAAUCAAUGGUUUUAUACUUUUCUUCCACCCUUCCCUCCGCCAACAAGCGUGGCAGUUUUUCAGGGUUGGAUGGAACGUGAGCAAACGUAGGCUUAGUGGGAAGCAGAGAAGGGGAAUAAAGGGGCAAUACGAGGAAAGCUUUUACUUACAUUUUUAAAGGUGGGAUUCAAUUAGGACCAAGAGAGCAGGUAGAAAGAAACCCAGACUGAGAACUAAACAUUUGGCUGCAAUUUAAUUCAGGUUGUCUCGUUUUUAAACAGAACAUGUAUUUUUUAUUAAUGACCAACAUUAAUGACAAUAAAACUAUAAAGCAAUAAAAGCUCUGAACUUUA